UAUAAGCAUAGUUACGCACACGUGAUAUUUUAAAGUAUACUUUGUUUAUUUAAUACUGCAUUUAUCGUUAUUGUUAUAGAUAUUAAGAAUUAGAAUAAAAGUUAAAAGAGAUGGCGAAAUUUUGUUUAAAAAAGCAAAGCAAACGCAUGCCAGCUCGUAAAAGAUAUAAAAUCGAAAAAAAAGUACGGGAGCAUAACCGGAAAUUACGGAAAGAAGCAAAAAAACAUCAUAAGAACAAGCCAAAAAUAAUUGAAGUACCAAACCAAUGUCCUUUUAAGAAGGAUAUUCUUAAAGAAGUGGAAAAUAUGAAAAGGGAGCAUGAAGAAGCAAAACAAAAACUACGUCAAAAAAGAAGGGAAGAACUCGCCAAGACAGGCCUUAAAGGAUUAGUUUCUAGUGCAGAGUCUAAAGGAGCACAACAUGAAGCAUCUACUUCGAUGGAAGUAGAUACUAUGCAUGAAAAGAUAAAAGAGGCUGUAACUAAACAGGAAAAUUCAUUAAAGGCUUAUUACAAAGAGUUCAAAAAGGUUUUAAAUGCGGCUGAUGUUAUUCUUGAAGUUGUUGAUGCGAGAGAUCCUUUGGGAACUAGAUGUGAACAGGUUGAAGAAGCAGUAAUGUCUGCAAAAGAAAGUAAAAGAUUGGUUAUUGUUUUAAAUAAAGCAGAUUUAGUACCCAGAGAGAAUUUAGAUCAGUGGUUGAAAUAUUUGCGUACAAGUUUUCCAGCUGUGGCAUUUAAAGCCUCUACUCAAAUUCAAGCUAAAAGAUUAGGUAGAAGAAAAUUGGGGAAGAAAACUCAAAGUAUGAUACAAGGUGGUACCUGUUUUGGUGCUGAGUUACUAUUGUCGUUACUUGCAAAUUAUUGUAGAAGUGUUGGAAAUGUUAAAACUAGUAUUAGGGUUGGAGUUGUUGGACUCCCAAAUGUUGGCAAAUCUAGCGUUAUUAAUUCCUUAAAACGCAGUAGAGCAUGUAAUGUGGGAAGUACACCAGGAAUGACAAAAAGUAUGCAAAUGGUACAAUUAGAUUCUAAAAUAAAAUUGUUAGAUUCCCCAGGAAUAGUUUUUGCCAAGUCUGUAGAAAACUCUGAUGAAUCUUCAAUAGCUUUAAAAAAUGCAGUGAAAAUACAAUCUUUAAGAGACCCUUUUACACCAGCAAGCAUUAUUUUAAAAAGAGUUCCCAAACCACAAAUCAUGGAAAUGUACAAUGUACCAGAAUAUUCAACACCUGAUGAAUUUUUUGCUUUAAAAGCUAUCAGUAUGGGGAAAUUUAAAAAAGGCGGUAUACCUGAUACGCUAGCUGCAGCUCGUAGUAUCGUGACAGACUGGAAUUCCGGAAAAAUUAGGUAUUAUACUGUUCCUCCUGAACAACCGAAUUGUCACAUAUCUGCAGAAAUCGUAAGCCAAUUGAGUAAAGAAUUCGAUAUCGAAAGUUUCGCUACAGAGGAAAAAAUGAUGCUUGAUAAUUUCGAAGAAGAAUUGACAAAACAAACGUCUGAUCCAUUAUUAAUUACAAGCAGUGGUCCAGUCGUUGCUAGUAUGGAGAUUGAGAUGCAGAAACAAGAACAAAUUAAAAUACAAAACAAAUUAAAAAAACGAAUGGAAAAGAUGAAAAAAAAUGCGAAUGAAACAAGGAAAAAGAAAACAGAUCCAAUUUUUGAAAUCAAGGGCAAUCAAAAAUUAAAUAAGAUUAAUAAAUUACAGUUUAAAAAAGAGAAGAAAGAUCGAGCUAGAAGAGAAAAAGCGGCUAACAAAUUGGCAGGACAACUGGAAGGAUUUACCAUCUCUAAAUCCGAUGAUUAUGACUUUAAUACAGACUUCGUAGGAAAAUAA